AUGAUUAAAGUGGACAAUGUCGAGAAGUGGCCAAAGCUUACAAAUGUUAACGAUUAUGCUGUCUGGAAGGAGGAGUUUGAAUUGGUUGUGAAGAGCGAAGAUACCAGAAUGUGGUAUUGUAUUAUAGAUGGAUACAUUGCUCCUACACGUCGUGUUGAAGGAAGGACAAAAGUGAUUUCUUAUGACAAGAUGGAUGAAUCUGAAAAACUGAUGGUCGUCAUGCCACCCAGAUUCCUUCGCGGUAGAGGCAAAGGACCCGUGUCAGGUCAUGAUCACGAGGCCGGGCCGUCGCAUCGACGUACUCCAUCCAUCACUAUGAGCACAAGCCCGCAAGAGCCAUGGAGACUCUAUAUUGAACCCGGAAGGCGAUCUGUAUCCCUUAGCUCCUCUCCUUCGUACCAACACUCUUUUGGGCCCCAUUCAGAAAACGAGCCCAACAACCAGCCGCCAGCUUUCAUACCUUUACAGAGAUCCAACUCUCAUCACUCUUUUGGCGACCCAACACCCGUUUUCCAAAGCCGAUUUAACCCGGCUAACCUUCUACCAGAACCCGUGGGUUUUAACCCACUUGGACCAGGAGACCACUUUUUAGGGGAAAACGACAUGGACGAGGAUACCGACCCCGUGGAACCUGCAUCAGGAACGCCAAAUCAUCCCAUUGAAAUCUCAGAUGGGUCAUCAUUCCAUGGAUCGCCAUAUAGCGGACCGGACAGUUUUAUGGAGAAGUUCAACCAAUAUGAUUGGUACUUCACCCCGUCUGAACACUCGCAUCAUCAGAAGCAUCAGGAUCCUUCAGUUGGUCAACAAUUUGUGGCAGUCACGCCACUGCCUCCUCAGCCAGUGGAACAGCAGCCGCCUCCGGAGCCACCAAGGCGAAGAAGGUCGAACGCACGGAUGUCCGUGCGAGGUGGAGUUCGAAUUAGUACUCCACAGCCAUCAAGUGGCAGUCAUUACCCGCCACUUCAGGAAGAAGAGGACCCACAUAUGGCGGCAUACAACCCAUUCGAGCAGCCGGCGCACACCCACUACAACUACAACUACAGCUAUGUGGAGGUAGAUCCGUAUCAGGUAGCUCGGGAUUACAAUGCCCUUCACCCUGAAGGACCAUACGGAGGGCCAUGGACUACUGGUUACCCGACUUAUGGGUACCAGCAUCAGCCACCUCCUCCACCGGUGUAUCAGCCGCCACAGCCGCAGAUUCAGCAGGAAGUUCUUGAGAGGCUGAACCAAGUUGAACAAGAGGUUCGUGAAGACCGCAGAGAGCGGCAAGGUUUCUUCAAAGGGCUGUCGGACUUGCUUAAGGGGAAGUCGAAGAGGAGGGGUCAUUAA